AUGCCCGUUGCCACCCGUGCCGUCCUGCGGCAAUCGCAGUUCCUGGCUCGCCGUACCUUCGCCAGAAACGCCUCUUCCACCUCCGAGGCUGCCUCCAAGGCCGGUCAAUCCGCUUCUAACGCGGCUUCCAAGGCCCAGGAUGGUCUCUCCAAGGCCACCGCUGCUGCCGGUCCCGCUCUUUCCAAUGCCGCUUCGGCCCUCCGCAAGGUUGGCGGUCCCGUUGGCAAGGUGGUUAAGUUUGUUGACUCCAUGAUUCCCCCUACCAUCUACUACACUCGUGUCGGUCUUGAGCUCGGAAAGCUGGUUUUCCGUGGCCAGAACAUGUCCCCUCCUACCAUGGCCACCUUCCAGUCCUACUUCCAGCCUUUGAUCAACGUCAUGCGCAACCCUGCCGCCAUUAAGAACCUCCAGAUGCCCUCCCCCCAGGGCAUGUUGAACCGCGUCCGCAACGCCAACGCCAAGGAGAUUGCUCUCUUCGGUGUCACCGCCGCCGAGGUCCUUGGAUUCUUCACCGUUGGUGAGAUGAUUGGUCGCAUGAACGUCGUUGGCUACCGCGGCGAGACCGCCCACCACUAG